CGCAUCACUAAGAGAGAGACGUUUUUUAAGGGGAAACUAGGACUCCAGAAGAUGAUACCUGCCCCAAGAGAUCUCCCUCCUUCUUACGAGGCCUCUCCCAGUGGCGGAGAGCCCAACAAACCUACGCCGGAGUUCUUCCCCAGUGGCGGGAAGAAUUACGGAACAUUUUAA